ACUGUCUGCAAGAAGUGCAGUUAAUAACAGAUCAAUUGCACGACAUGCAAACUUGGAGCCGGAGCCUGUAAAGGCGACAUGCAGAGAGCAGUCCGGAAAGAUGGCGGCGCUCAUAAAGGCCGUGCAGGCCAGCACAAGCAUGAGCGGCAUAACGAAACUAUUCACAAAUCUGUCUUUGACCUCGGGUGUUAUAGCGUCCCCUAAACGCGCAUUUCUUCGCAGCACACCAACUUUACACUGUGCAUUUGUACACCUUACAUCAGAACGUCGUGACUUGAUGGAAUUCUUUGAUGACCCAAAAAAUUGGGGAAAGAACGAGGUUCGGGUUGGCCGAUCUUGGAAAAAGGAUGAAUUAAGAUUGAAGAGCAAUUCAGAUCUUCACAAAUUAUGGUUUGUAUUAUUGAAGGAACGUAACAUGCUCAUGACCAUGGAAGAGGCGUGUAAGACAGCAAAUGAGAUUUUCCCGAAUCCCGAACGUUUAGACAAAAUUCAAGACAGUAUGAUUAAUUUGGAAACAGUUGUUCGUGAAAGAAAUAGAGCAUAUCAUUUGCUCGAGACUGGUGAGACGGGAGAGCAACCUGGAAAAAUGGUCAAUAGUAUCUUAGGCUUAAAGUUUUAUCAUCGAAUGCGUCAAUAUUCCAUUCCAAAGUUUAUGAACACAAAAUGGCAUAAGAUGCACAUGUUUGGCUAUGGCGGAUACGCGACUCAAAAGUUCUUACGCUUGUACAAGGAAAAACUUUGGAAUAUAAAACGCAGAGCAAGAGUACGUGACAGAAAUCGUGUUGCAAUGUUAAUGAAAAAAUUCCCAAAUAUGGACCUCGAAGCUGUGAAAGAACAGUUUCCGGACGUUGAUAUAGAAGCGACAAAAUCGUCCAAGAGAGCAAGAGGUCAUACUGUACCUACAUAGAUGCAAUUCCUGUUAAUAGAAUAGCAAAUUAUUGAACAUCUAUUACGUUUGUGAAUGUAUCCGAUCGUUAAUACAGUAUAUAAGUUUAUAUAUGUAGUAUUUUUUGUAUCUCUAUUAAGAUUUACAUUUAAAAUUUACCUGAUAUUAUUAUCUCAAAUAUAGAUAAGCUUAAUUAAAUAAUUUGUACCAUAGAUCAUGUAUAAGAUAUAAAAGUUAUCUAAUAGAACUAUUAAAAGGAUCAUAAAUCUUAUUACAGAAUAAAUUAAUUUUCGAAUUA